AACUUGGAUAUUGUAAUUAGGGCGGGAAGCAAUCCACUACACUUCAUCCUGCGGACAUCGAGGGGGGAGUAAAAUGGAUCGCCCGCGGGACUUUUUACUUUUCCUUUUACUUUUGCAGAUUGGAACAAAAGAAGUCCUUGGCCACAGCAAUGAAGGCAAAAUGGGUGACAUUGAGAUCAAGUGUCCAAGUGGAUCUUUUUUCUACGAGGGUUAUUGCUUCAUGGUGGGGUCAGUUCCGAUGACUUGGGAGGACGCCAUGACAUCCUGUCUCAGAUCUGGGAUGUAUCUUAGCUGGAUAGAGGAUGCUAUAGAAAACAAUUACGUGGCGACCCAUGCGAUGUCUCGCGUCAGUCAAUAUUGGAUAG